CCUUCCCGCAAGACUCAUUUGCCCUUCCGCAGAUAGAGAUAGAUGAUCACGAGCUCAACGGCCUUGGAAAAUUUCACCCCAUGAUAGUGCUCUUUUUGAGUUUAUAUAUCAUUUCGGUUCUGUGUUGAAGUUCAUGUGCGCGUUUCUUCUGAUCGUGUCGACUCCGAAGGUAAUUCAAAAGAAAAAUGUUCCAAUUACUGUCAGUUGAUCGAAGAGAAUGUAUCGCUGCGUCGAAGUACUUUCAAGGACCACUCUCACUGGUUGUUGUGGCGAGUGCAUUAAGCUACGAGGCCAGCCGGUGUUUAUGUAUGGCACUCUAUUUAUCUGCUUUGAAUAUGCACUUUUCUGCGUCAUCUGUGUGGGAGGUGUAUAUAAGUCCCCGCCAAACAUAUCCAUAUGUGGCUACCUUGAACUUCUGCCGAAUUGGGUGGCUUUUCUAUAUUUUCAAGUUGCGAGCAGCGGCAUAGACUCGACACUCUGGCACGCCGCAAUCACACUUAAACAGGAGCCACGGCCCUUUUUAGCAAUUCUUCAAUGUGCACUGGGUUUAAGUUGCGCGACAACUCUCUUCGGCUUCAGUAUUUUACCACGGUGCCUAUGGGACUGGCACCAGGCAUGUGUGUUAGCAUGGGUGUCCCUCACAAGUGCUGCUAUGAGUAUAAAUAUUGCUCGCGAUUAUCGUAACUUAGAUUACACCGCAUUUCCUGCCGCUUUGUGGAUACUGGGCAUAUUCUUUUGCAACUUCUUUUACCAUGAGUCCACACUAAGAUUUUUUUUUGCUGAAGCGCUCUCUGUGAUAUCAUAUAUAUUAUGGUGUUCCAGCAAUCAUCGGCAGCUUGACCGUGAAUUCACUAUAUUUCAUGUGCUGAUUAUUGAUGGAUUUCUCGCCACAAUAUUUCUUGGACUUUUUCGGUACCAUCAGCGUGUUGCUUGCGUCGUGACCGGGAAGUGGUAAUGUAUUUGGAGGUUGUAGAGCAACUGCAUUGCUCGUACUGUACGUGUACGUGUACAAGAAUGGAGAGGUGUAGAAGAACUUACAAAAAUUUCGACACUAAUACUGUAUCAACUUUAUCUUCAAUAAGUCGAUACAGAAUACAACAUUCAUACAAAUAUUCAUAUCAU